CAUCUGUAAUGGCUUCUAGGAGGAUUGUAAAAGAGCUCAAGGACUUGCAAAGAGACCCUCCAGCCUCAUGCAGUGCUGGUCCUGUGGCUCAAGACAUGUUCCAUUGGCAAGCAACCAUCAUGGGUCCAAACGAUAGUCCUUACUCCGGUGGCGUCUUCCAAGUUACCAUCCACUUCCCUCCCGACUACCCUUUCAAACCCCCUAAAGUUGCCUUUAGGACCAAAGUGUUUCAUCCAAACAUAAACAACAAUGGUAACAUAUGUCUUGAUAUUCUCAAGGAUCAAUGGAGUCCUGCCCUCACCAUUUCCAAGGUGUUGUUGUCGAUAUGUUCACUGCUAACAGACCCGAACCCAGAUGACCCGUUGGUCCCAGAAAUCGCACAUAUGUACAAGAUAGACAAGGUCAAGUACGAAGCCAUGGCUCGGAGUUGGACUCAAAAGUACGCCAUGUACUGAAAAAAACGUGCGAAUUCGAGAAGCGACGAUAUGAUCUAUGUACUGUAACUAAUAACAAAUUCUUGUAUGAAGUUUGAUACCGAAAGAAAUUACAUGCAGGAUGCUGAUGUAAUUUUGGAUGUUAUGAAGGUGAAGUUGUAUCAGAUUCGAAUUUUGAAUAAAUGGAUCUAAUUUUUUUUCAAAGUG